CCCUCCUCCACCACACACGAUGAAGCUGCACCAGCUCAAGGUGCGCCCGCGCAAGGUCGCCCAGGCCGGGCCCUGCGCCGCCGAGUUUGCCGCCAUGCUCGCCUGCUGGGCCAGCUCGUCGGACGUGGGCAACACGGGCGUGUGCCAGGAGAGCGCGGCGCGCCUCGGCGAGUGCAUGAAGAGCAAGGUGAGUUGCGGGCUGGGGGAGGGGGGACCAAGCAGCAGAGGAUCGCUCUGGAAAUGGGCACUGUCGCUCGCUCGAACCACCACUGGCCGUCAGGGGCAGCGCAGCGGGCUCUGACGCCCCACAUCGCCAGGGCGCUCGCGGCGCAUCGGCCAAGCCGACGAUCAACUACCACCUCGCACGCCUCAGCAAGCGGCUAUGAGGGGCGCUCGCACCGACAGCGGCGCUUUCGCAAGUGGGGGCAUGAUCGAGAGGGGGAUGGAAGGAGCGGUUGGGGUCGAUGGGAGGAUGGUCAGGCAGCUGCCAGCGCAGCUUCGACCAGGUUGACGGGAGAUGGCAUCGAGGGCCAGAGAGGGAGUCACGAGGAGGGAUGCGACAGCUGCACAUACGUGCACACUCGCAGCGAAUGGG